AUGAAUGUAAAAGCGCCAAUCACGGUAUAUGGAAAGUCCAUCCGUGAAAAUCAAGUGGAAGAAAUUCGUGUUACAGCCAUUAAUCCUGAUAUCAGAACCUUUUUUACAUGGUAUUCAUCCACAGUUGGCUAUGGAAAUAUUGGUGACAAUGAUAUUAAUCAUAGCCAAGCUCGUGUAAGCAGACGCAUUCGAAAUCUGGUGGAUGAGAUGUAUAAAAAAGCUGCAUUAUGGUUGGCUCGUACUUUUAACAUAAUAAUAUGGUCAUCUUUUGAUAGUACAUGGAUAUCACAACGUUGA